CCCAAAAUGGCAACACAAGGCGCUUUCUACUCAUCAUCUCUCUUUCUCUUCCUUUUCUUUGGGCUUCUUUCUUUUUCUGCUGAAGCUGCAUUGAAGAAGUAUCAGUUUGAUAUUCAAGUGAAGAAUGUGAGCAGAUUGUGCCAUGCCAAGCCCAUUGUCACUGUAAAUGGAAUGUACCCGGGACCUACUAUUUAUGUUAGAGAAGGAGACAGAGUUGUUAUCAAUGUUACAAACUCUGCUCAUUAUAACAUGUCUAUUCAUUGGCAUGGAUUGAAGCAAUUCCGCAAUGGUUGGGCAGAUGGGCCAGCUUAUAUAACACAAUGUCCGAUCAAGACCGGACAUAGCUACGCUUACGAUUUCAACGUUACGGGCCAAAGAGGAACCCUAUGGUGGCAUGCUCAUAUCUUUUGGCUAAGGGCAACAGUUUAUGGUGCUAUUGUGAUCAUGCCAAAACAAGGAACUCCAUUUCCAUUCCCACAACCUCACAGGGAGUUUAAUAUACUCUUAGGAGAAUGGUGGAACACAGAUAUUGAAGAAGAGGUUAGAAAGGGUAACAAGUUGGGGUUGCCACCAAGAGCAUCAGACGCACAUACCAUUAAUGGGAAGCCAGGACCACUCUAUCCAUGUUCUGAGAAACAUACUUAUGCAAUGGAGGUAGAACAGGGGAAGACAUACCUCUUGAGGAUCAUCAAUGCUGCCCUUGACGACGAGCUUUUCUUCGCUAUUUCUGGACACAACAUGACUGUUGUGGAGAUUGAUGCAGUUUACACCAAGCCCUUCACGACUGAAGCUCUACUAAUUGAACCUGGCCAGACCACAACUGUCCUAAUUCAAGCAAACCAAAUGCCAAACAGAUACUUCAUGGCCGCUAGGCCUUUCAUGGACGUUCCACUUACCAUAGACAACAAAACCGCCACUGCAAUAGUCCAAUACAAAGGCAUUCCAAAUACUGUAAUUCCAAGCCUACCUCAUUUGCCUUUACCCAAUGACACUGCAUUUGCUAUGAACUAUACCAGCAAGCUUAGGAGUCUAAACUCUGUUCAAUUCCCUGCAAAUGUGCCCCUUAAUGUCAACCGGCAUCUUUUCUACACCAUUGGUUUGGGUAUGAACCCAUGUCUUACUUGCCAGAAUGGAACACAACUCACUGCUUCCUUAAACAACAUCACUUUCCAGAUGCCCAAAAUUGGGCUUCUUCAAGCUCAUUAUUUCAACAUUAAUGGAGUAUUUAGGACAGAUUUCCCUGACCGUCCUCCCACACCAUUCAAUUACACUGGUGCACCACUUACAGCCAACCUUGGGACUUCGUUAGGCACUAGGCUCAGUAAGAUUGCUUACAAUUCUACUGUGGAAUUGCUUCUUCAAGACACUAAUCUUCUUACUGUUGAGUCCCAUCCAUUCCAUCUCCAUGGUUACAACUUCUUCGUGAUCGGAACAGGAAUCGGAAACUUCGACCCUGCGAAAGAUCCGGCUAAAUAUAACUUGGUAGAUCCUCCUGAGAGGAAUACUGUAGGAGUUCCCACUGGAGGUUGGACUGCAAUUAGGUUCAGGGCUGAUAAUCCAGGUGUUUGGUUCAUGCACUGCCACUUGGAGCUCCACACCAGUUGGGGUUUGAAGACAGCUUUCUUGGUAGAAGAUGGACAAGGCCCUGAUCAAUCCAUAUUACCACCACCAAAAGAUCUCCCCUCUUGCUAAUCACAACUGAGAAAAACA